AUGGAAAAAGUAAACAAUGUAACUAUAUUCAUUUUCUGGGGCCUUUCUCAGAACCCCAAGGUGCAAGAAAUUUUUGUUGUGGUGUUUUCUUUUUUCUAUGCAGCUAUUCUUCUGGGAAACCUUCUCAUCAUGCUGACAGUGCACAUGGGCAACCUUCUCAAUUCUCCUAUGUAUUUCUUUCUCAACCUUUUGUCUUUUGUGGACAUCUGUUUCUCCUCAGUUACAGCUCCCAAGAUGAUUGUUGACCUAUUAAACAAGAGCAAAGCUAUCUCCUACACAGGGUGCAUGUUGCAACUCUUUGGGGUACAUUUCUUUGGUAGUACUGAGAUCUUCCUCCUUAUUGUAAUGGCCUAUGACCGGUAUGUGGCCAUCUGUAAACCACUACACUAUAUGAGCAUCAUGAACCAGGGCAGAUGCAAUAGAAUGUUGCUGGGAGCCUGGGUAGGUGGGCUCUUACAUUCCAUCAUCCAGCUGUCUUUGGUGCUCCAGCUCCCCUUUUGUGGACCCAAUGAGAUUGAUCACUACUUUUGUGAUGUCCACCCUUUGCUGAAACUGGGCUGCUCAGACACAUAUAUCGCUGGUGUUGUUGAUACGGCCAAUACUGGAACCAUUACUCUGGGAGGCUUUGUUAUCUUGUUAUUCUCCUACACUGUCAUCCUGGUGUCCUUAAGAAGGCAGUCAGCAGAAGGCAGGCGCAAAGCUCUCUCCACCUGUGGCUCCCACAUUACUGUGGUCAUCAUUUUUUUUGGUCCUUGUACCUUCAUGUACAUGCGCCCUGAUACUACCUUUGCUGAAGAUAAGAUGGUGGCUGUAUUUUACACGAUCAUUGUCCCCAUGUUAAAUCCCCUGAUUUAUACACUGAGAAAUACAAGAGUAAAAAUUGCAAUGAAGAACCUGUGGUGUAGGAAGGUUUUCCAGGAGGCCAAUAACAAGUAG